ACCGUCAGUCUGGCAUGUAAACAAGGUCAGACACUGCAGCAUACAGUACCAACACUUCCUGCAGACACAGACAUCUGCUCGCUUUUCAACUCAAGAGAAGAAGAACACUUAUUUGCAAACCCCCCGAAGAGAAAGACCCGCCAAGAUGAUGCAAUGUUUUCACUUCAUGUUGGAGCCGGCCAAAAACUUUACAGCUAAGAUAAGGGAAUCACGCAAAAAAGCGCUGAACGAGAAGAGGGAGCCUCUGGAUGAAGAUCAGCUGUUUAUUGUGGAUCUGGCAAGAGAUCUAAGCCGAGUGUGCCAGAGGUCAGAAGUCCUGGAGCACAUCUGGAACCUGGAUGACACCUGGCCGACCCCCCUCUGCAAGGUCUUCGUCCUGCAGUGGGCCUCCAUGCUAGAGAGCAAGAAGAGGCCGAUGCAGACUGACGGCUGGCCAGAGAUGGAUGAUGUAAAGCACCCUGAUAUGAUCAAUGAGCAGGACCUGCUGCAGGCCAAAGCUGUGAUUCUAAACUGGAUCAAGGACCUGAGAGCUCAGCCUGAGCAAAGUGUGUGGCCCGGGGAGCCGGUGGCUAAGUCUCUGGAGGACCUGGAUUCGGCCUGGCGUUGGGGCCGCGCGCCAAAUCUGCUGGCCGCUAUGGAGCUGGUGUUUUGGACUCUAAUCGUGCAGCGCCCAGAUAAGGAUACCAUACCGCACCAGUGGCUCAUGUGGAAGCAGAAGACUCAGAAGAUUGGUAGCAUAUCCUACAUUCCUCAACCAGUGUGGGAUUGGAUCUCAAAUGCUGCAGUGGAGGUGACUCUGGAUCUGGACACUGCCAACCCUGACCUGCUCAUCUCCUCCGACGAGAAGCGGAUGCGCUGUGGCUACGAGAGGAAGGAUAUUCCCAACUUCCACCAGCGCUUCGACGGCUGGUGGUGUGCCGUCGGGAUGGAGGGCUUGGGCUCCGGCCGCCACUACUGGGAGGCGGAGGUUGGAGAGCGGGACUGGAGGCUGGGCGUGGCCAAAGAGUCGGCCCUGAGGAAAGGCUUCAAGUCCCUGAACACAGAUACAGGUUACCUGAGCCUGAGGCUGGAGAGGGGCUCUGAGCUGAAGGCGCUGACGGUGCCCUUCACCUCCCUGCCGCCCUACCUCAUCCCCGAAAAGGUGGGCAUCUACCUCGACUACGACCGCGGCCAGCUGUCCUUCUAUGACGUGGACAAACACAUCCACAUUUACACCUACAACGAGUGCUUCAAAGAGAAGUUGUACCCGCUGUUCGGUACUGUGGAGAUCAUCAAUGAUCUGGUGAUCAAGUCUCCAGCAGUUAAAACCCAACGUUUCUGCCCCUCGCCCUGCAUCUGGGGUUGAGCUCCCCCAACUCUUCCUUUAAAAUCCAGUAGAUAUCAUAUUAAAGUAUGAUAAAUGGUUAUAUAAUUAUCACUGGGAGGAAUCAGAGAGCUUGAUGUUAAAGACCAUUAUUGAUAGCUCCACUAAGUGACCACUCUCUAUGCUGCUGCUGAUGCUUUAACGUAAUCGUCGCAAACACUUCCUCACUAUAGAGUUACAGUGCUAUUCUUUGCCUUCACAUAAUGUAUUUUCAUAUAUUUAAAAGAACAACCCUGUAGUAUUACUGUAAUGUUAUGUGCAAUAUUAACCCUGCAUUUCUGAUGCAUUUCUGUGAAUGAUAAAUAAACCAAAUACAUGUCUUACUUU